AUGUGUGAGCGCGUCGUCGAAUACUUCCGGUACCAGUGCGCGCAUCCCGGCCCGCCCCGGCGCUCCGUCCGGCUGUGCCCCCUCGCCGAGCACCAGUCCCCCUUUGGCCCCUGCGACCUCUGGACGAGCCGCCGCGCCGCCGACGAAGAGCCGAGACCGCCGACGCUGAUCCCGGAGCCGUGCGUGCCGUGCAAAGCCGCCGGCGGCUGGCAGGACUACCAGGAUUUGCAGGGUCGCAUAUGCUGGCGCCGCAUCCAGCCCGCCGUUGCCGCCGCCGUCCUGCCGCUGCGCAACAAGGCGUGA